AGGAAAGUUCCUCCCGUUUGGCUGCUGGAUGGCUCGAUAUUUUCGUUCCCGUCAGAGUUAAAAGAACGAUUGAAGCAGUCUGUGAUGAAAGUUAGUUUGUUCAUCAACAGGAAGUCAUAAUGGAGUUGUAACAAAACGGUAUCGGGUUCGCAUGUUUUCUAUGGCUUUAAACAAGAGACGAAAAUGUAUAAAUAAAAUCAUUUUCAAAUGAAACGAACAUGAUUUGAGGAGGACAGGACUCCAGUCUUUUCUCCCAUUCACUUGGAUUAUCUCUGAUAGAAGUACCGGGCCAAUCAGCGACCAGAGGGAGAAGUAGUGACGACAGUCUGUCUGUCUGUGGUCUUAUCACUGGCAGCCCUGGCCCUCUGUAUGAAGCUAAUGGUGUAGAACCAGGGUCUGGGUUCUACCGGGUCAGACUAACUGAGCUGUAAUUGUGAUUUUCAGAUGAUUAAAACAGGACUGAGUAACAUUAUGACUACUACUGUUGACUUAACAUGAGAUUCAGUGUUUUUGAUGUUUGGUCUGCGACAUAGAAACCCUUGGAAUUGUUUUUGAAUCCAUGUGUCUGUUUUUACAUUUUUUUUAUAAAUGAAUGAAGCGUCAUCUGUUAUCUAUUUAUGGACCCUCUUGGUAUUCUCAGGUCUUUGGUCUACAGUUGCUUCUGAAAUUGUUUUCAGAGUUUAACCGAUAAUAUUGAUCUUUUUCAGUUUACUUUGAAAAGUUCACGGUUUAACAAACUGAGAAUGAGUUUCCCUGAGCUGCUCUUCCGGUCAUUCCUUCAGUUCUGCAGGUUCUCAUGUGGAGUGGUGCAAGCAGCUAAUUGCAGCCACCUUAUCCAAUCAGGUCCCACGAACAGCGGCACCAGAUGUUCUGAACAGGGAUACCAGGGUGUCCAAAAGGCUGAGUUCCUGGAACCGUCCAGCUCUGGGAUUCGGUGCACUCGCCAAACUUUCACACAACCAAGUGCCUCUUCUGCCAGGAGAAACUGUUCAGAUCACAGUGGUCUUAUCACUGGCACUCUGACCAUCACUGACUACAAGCUCUACUUUACCAGUUUGAUCAAGGACUCUUCUUUUAUUCUUGAUGUCAACUUGGGAGCAAUAAGCAAAUUGGAGAACAUUAAUGUUCCUAACCAAGGAGAUGACACCAAGGGAAUCGAGUUGGUUUGUAAGGACAUUAGGAGCACCAGGUUUACCUACAAACCAGAAGAGAACCAGCCAGAUAUUGAAGAGGUUUUGUCCAAACGUGCUUUCCCUCUGUCCAGCAGUCUGCCGUUUUUUGCCUUCAAGUACAAGGAGCAGUUUCCUGUGGACGGCUGGAAGGUCUACGAUCCGACAGCAGAGUACAACCGGCAGGGUCUACCAAAUGAGAGCUGGUGCAUCAGUAAGCUGAACCUCCACUACGAUCUGUGUGACACCUACCCCUCCGUCCUGGUUCUCCCCAACAACAUGACAGAAGAAGACACACAACGCGUGGCGUCAUUCAGAGCCAAGCGCCGCCUACCGGUCUUGUCCUGGAUCCACCCGGAGUCUCAGGCCGCUGUGGUUCGCUGCAGCCAGCCGCUGGUCGGCCCUCUGGACAGCCGCUGCAAAGAGGACGAGCGCUUCCUCCAGCUCAUCAUGGACGCCAACGCGCAGUCCCACAAGCUCACCGUCUUCGAUUCUCGACAGACCAGUGAAGCCCUGUCCAGCAAGGCAAAAGAUGGAGGAUAUGAAAAUGAAAAUUUCUAUCCCAACAUUGAGCUGAUUUUCCUGGAAAUUCCGAACAUCCACGUGAUCCGGGAGUCUCUCAGGAAGAUGAGGGACGUGAUUUAUCCGACUAUUGAUGAGGCCCACUGGCACUCUGCCAUCGACCAGACUCACUGGCUGGACUAUCUACGACUCUUGCUCUCAGGAGCAGUGAAAAUAGCCGACAAGCUGGAAUCUGGGAAAACGUCGGUGGUGGUCCACUGCAGUGACGGCUGGGACAGAACGGCUCAGCUCACUUCCCUCUCAAUGCUGAUGCUGGACAGCUACUACCGGACGCUGCGAGGAUUCCAGGUUCUGCUGGAAAAGGAGUGGAUCAGCUUCGGACACAAGUUUGCUUCUCGCGUUGGACACGGUGAUCAGACCCACACUUACACAGAGCGCUCACCUCUGUUUGUUCAGUUUAUUGACUGCGUUUGGCAGAUGACCCGACAGUUUCCUUCGGCCUUUGAAUUUAAUGAGCUGUUCCUCAUCACCGUCCUGGAUCAUCUCUACAGCUGCCUCUUCGGCACCUUCCUCUGCAACAGUGAGCAGGAGAAAUUAGCCAAGGAGGUUCACACCAAGACACUGUCCCUGUGGUCCUACAUCAACAGCCAGCCCAGUGAAUUCACCAACCCGUUCUACCUGGUCUAUGAGAACUGCGUUCUGUAUCCGCUGCUUUCCUCCAGACACCUGGAGCUGUGGACCAGCUACUACGCCCGCUGGAACCCACGCAUGAGGCCGCAGGUGCCAGUGCAUCAGACGCUGAAGGACUUGCUGUUCCUCAGAGCGGAGCUGCAGAGGAGGGUGGAGGAGCUGAACACACACCCAACACCUGAGCGCCCGAGCCCUUACACAGCAACCUCACUGCACUCUGCUGUUUGAGACACUGAAGUGUCCUACCCAAAGUUUUGACCCAGUAAAUCAAAUGCUAGAGACCACAAUGUUUUCAGUUGAAAAUAUUGAAAAUAUUUUUUUUCCCCCUCAAAUAAAAUGAGUAAAGUCAAAUAACAGAAAGGAUUUUAUUCCAGCGAUGGAACUACCGUGAGAGCAGGCGGCACAAUUCCGGGUGAUUACAGGAAAAUAAUCUGGGAGCACGGCGAGGAGAGGGAUAAAAAAAAACAAAACAAAAAACGGUUUCCUGGCCAAAACGAGAGACUUGACAAGCAGGUGAGAUCCCAGAGCCUCGGAACGCAGCAAACAGUGCAAGACAAGAGGCUGGGUUUUACCAGGCUAAUAUUUUAGACCAAAGAUUAUGUAACAUUUUCUGGGUAUUGUUGAUUUAAACUGUAGGACUCAGAUCGGCCGUUUACUGUGACCUACUUGGUAGAUUUAUCACAACAACCUGCUUUGCUACAACAUAAGAUUACAUGGUGCAGAAAAUUUGUACAGAAUAGUUGACAGAAUAUCCUUUACACCACGUUACUGGGGUCCAUCAUUAAAACACUCAUUACAAUAGAAUAAUUCAAAUAUUGGACAAAUGAAAGAUUUAGCAUACAUAUUAAUCGCAAUUCAUUCAAAUUCAUAUCAACAUAAGUGUUGAUAUGAAUUUGUAAAAUGCAUAAUAAUCAUUUUGGUAAUGGGUACAUUGCUUCCUAAAAGGAAACCCUUCAGCUUCUUUUUAAAAACUGACUUCUGUUCAGGUUUUUAACAACCGUAAGUGUUGACAUAAAAGUUAAAAGUCCAGCUCUACAAUGAUCGCAUCAGUAUUUACCACGAAAUCACAAAAAAAUAUCUGAGACACGAUCUAAAAAUUGACGAACUGCUAGUUAUGGACAAUGUUUCAUCCGACCAUUUUUAAGUCCCAUGUAAAAAACAAUUUCCAUAUUUGAGCCAUACAC